AUGGCUCCUUCCGAUAAGCUCUUUACCCUCGAGGGUAAGGGCCUCAAGCUCGACACCGCCGAGGAUCUCGAGCCUCAUAUUGCCAGUCUCCGGGCUCAGGACGACGUCGAGGAGGUUCGCCUGCUGGGAAACACUCUUGGUGUAGGCGCCUGCAAGCUUCUUGGUGAGGUUCUCGCGACCAAGAAGGGCCUCAGAGUCGCAAACCUCGCCGAUAUCUUCACCGGUCGACUCCUUAACGAGAUCCCCGAAGCUCUCUCCUCUCUCCUCACUUCCAUUCUCAACCUCCCCAAGCUCAACACCAUUAACCUUAACGACAACGCCUUCGGCUUGAACACCCAAGCGCCCCUCGUUGCCUUCCUUGCCGCCCACGUUCCUCUCCAGCACCUCUACCUCAACAACAACGGCCUGGGUCCCCAUGCCGGUAUCCUCAUUGCUGAUGCCUUGUCCGAGCUUCACGCCAAGAAGGAGGCUGCUAGAAAGGAUGGACAGGAGGUCCCUGACCUCGAGACCGUCAUCUGCGGCCGAAACCGACUCGAGAAUGGAAGUAUGACGGCCUGGGCCAAGACCUACAGCCUUCACAACAAGAUUAAGGAGAUCAAGAUGGUGCAGAACGGUAUCCGACAGGAGGGUAUCUCUCAUCUUCUGAGCCAGGGUCUCAACCAAGCCACCGAGCUCAGGAUUCUUGACCUUCAAGACAACACCUUUACCGUGACCGGAGCCAGAGCCCUCUCCAAGGUGGUCUCUAACUGGACCCUCCUGCAGGAGCUCGGUGUCGGUGACUCCCUCCUGGGUGCCAAGGGUGGUGUCCUUCUUGCCGGUGCUCUGUCCAAGGGUGCCAACACCAAGCUCGAGACCCUGCGGUUGCAGUACAACGAGAUCACCGCCGCCGGUGUCAAGGGCUUCGCUGCCGCCGCCAAGGAUGGUCUGCCUGCCCUGAAGCGAAUCGAGCUCAACGGAAACAAGUUCACCGAGGACGACGAGUCGAUCCUUGCUCUCCAGGAGCUCCUCGAGGAGCGCAAGGAGAAGAACGGCGGCGACGUCGUUGCCGAGGACGACUGGGGUGUCGACAGCCUGAGCGACCUCGAGGAUCUCGACAGCGAUGAAGAGGAGGAAGAAGAGGAGGAGGAGGAGAUCGAGCCCGAGAAGCGUGCCGAGAAGCUGAUCAAGGAGGCCGAGGAGGCUCAGGAGGAGCCUGUUAUCCCCGUCAAGGACAAGGAGGUGGACGAGCUGGCAAAGAAGCUCGAGAAGACAGGAAUUUAG